AUGCAUUUAAGAAUUCCAAAUAAAACAAGUAUUGAUGAAGCGGAUGAUGAUUCAUUGUCAGCUCUCUCAUCGCUUGUUUCCAUCAACAGUGAAGAAGGUACCUCACUUUCAAAGAUAAAGUCAAAUGUUUCAGAUAUAAUACAAGAACAGCAUAUUGGUAAUAUCGACGAUAUAGACGAUAAAGAUAACGAAACCGUGGACACUGACUUGAAAGAUAAUAGAUUAAAAAAGAGAGAUCGUUUUAUGAAAAAAUCUACACCAUAUUCUGCUGAUUUUAAACCAUUGAUGUUCAAGAUGAAGGUUCCAGAAAAUAAUGAAAAUGACAGACAAUCUCCAAACAAAAAUUCAUUUAAAACAAUGAAAAAAGAACUAAAUAAGGAUUUCAAAGCAUCAGAUAAUAUCGUUCAUAAAGAUUUGAUUAAUAUAAGAGAAAGACUGAUAAACUUGCCAAUAGACGGAUCAUCGUUAUUUAACACUAUUGAUGAAGACCAACUCUCUAAAUAUCUACAAAACCCGACGUAUAUCAAGUUGUAUAGAAAGAGAAAAGAUAUGACAAGGUUUAAUAGAAUGUUUAUGGCACAAGAACUACGAAUUGAAAAAACGAACAAUACAACAAUAUCUAGUGCAAAGGAUGAAAAUGGAGAUAGAAGUGAUCUUAGUGAUACUAUAACACCAACAAAAUCGUCAAAUUCCAAUGGAAAUGUUAAAACGGUAGAUGUUUCAAAAUCCAUUUGGGUAACCAAAUUUAGUUUAGACGGGAAAUACAUGGCUACCGCGGGUAAAGACGGAAAUUUAAGAAUUUGGAAAGUCAUUAGCUCAUUGUUGGAGAGGUGGGACUCUGCUAAAGAUGAUAGCUCUAGGAAUACAGAGGUGACGAAAACUUUAACAGAUGGUAGAAGUAGAAAAAAUAGCAUCAUCAGCCCAAUUAAAAGUAAUACAUAUUCUGAUGCAGGAAGUUCCCUGAAUAAUUUUGAACAGGACUUUAAACAAUUCCUUGAUCUGGGAGAACGUAAAUCAAGAAAUAAUGACGACGAUAGUACUUCAAACGUUGGAAGUGAUUACAAUGAUAACAGUACUCUGUAUAAUAAUUCUACUUUCACAUCUAACGUCAAAUCUAACUCUAGGCUAGAGUCUGCAGAUCAGAAUAGUAAUUCAGGCUCAACAAUGAAUCUGUUUGCACCGGUUUUUAAACCUCGUCCAGUGAAGGUAUUUCAGGAGCACACAAAUGAUAUUUUGGAUCUUGAUUGGUCUCGAAAUGGUUUCAUUUUAACAUCAUCGAUUGAUAAAACGGUAAAAUUAUGGCACACAGACAAAAACAAAUCUCUAAGAACCUUCUCGCAUCCGGAUUUUGUAACAACAGUGAAAUUCCAUCCUAUAGAUGAUAGAUUCUUCAUAAGUGGCUGCAUAGAUCAGAAAUGUAGACUGUGGUCCAUUUUAGAUGAACAGGUAAGUUAUGAGUAUCAUUGCCAAGAUUUAAUUACUACUUUGACCGUCUCAUUAGAUGGUAAGUUUACAAUAGUUGGUACUUUAAAUGGUUAUAUUCACGUUCUCGAGACUGAGGGAUUGAAGUUCCAUUCUGCAUUUCACGUCAGACAAAGAGUAGCGUUACAAAACUUAGAGAAUCCCGGCGAGCCUCCUCUAAUAAAAAAUAGGUUACUAGGUCCACGUAUUACUGGCCUUCAGUGUAUAAUGCCAGAAAAUACUGAUAAUUUGAGAAUUCUUGCAACUUGUGAUGAUUCUAAGAUAAGAAUAAUUCAGCUGUCUGAUAAAACUUUGCUUGAAUAUUUAAAGGGUUUCCAAAGUAAAACAAGUCAGCACCAUGCUCAAUUAUCGAUGCUCUCAGGUGAACCAGUCGUAAUUAGUAGUAGUGAUGAUCAUUGGGUCUACUUUUGGACUUUACAAUCUAAUAGUGACGAAGCUCACAGGAAGAGCAUUCCAAGGACCGGUAUUCAUAGAUCUUUAAGUUUCAAAUCACUAAUUGGCAAGACAUUAUCCUCUAGACAAAAGAAAGGAAGACCAAGAGCAGAUUCAGAUAGUAGAUGCCAUCACUUACAUUUGCCAAAUCUUUUACGUUGCAAUAAGAUUAUUAGGAAUUCAGCAUAUAUUGCAUUCCAUGCACACACAAAUCCUAUUACAACAGCAGUGCUUGCACCACCUGAGACGGCGAAAAUUCUAUCGUUAUCCAAUGAUUUAAUAUGUGAAUUAUCAUCCGAAUAUUUUAUGGAGACAGAGAAUAAGAUACAAGAAUCUUUGACGAACAGUACCCUUUCAGAUUCAAGCAGUGACGUUCAAAAUAUAAAAUUACAGAAUAAAAAAGUAAACCGAGAGUUAGAUAAGAGCUUUAAUUUGAAGACACAUUCAACUCUUCCAAAUAUGAUCGAUGUAGUUGGUACGAUAAUAGUUUCAACAGAUACUAGUGGUAAUAUCCGUGUGUUUAGAGUGGAUAUGCCUUCUCGUAUUAGAAAAAUGGCAUUACAAAAAUUAAAAGAUAGAAAAAGAAAAGAAGGACUCAGUAGCAUAACACCCACACCAAGCGAUAUGUCAACUAACGCCACUCAUAAUGACAGUGAGAAGCCAUGUCUAAGUUCUGUCAAGUUCGAUAGUCUUUAUGGCAGUUUAAGGUACUCUGGUUAUAGCAUGCCUGAAAGUUCCUCUUCCAAUAACACUGAAAAUGAAGGUAAUAAUAGCGGGACUGUGAUUCCUUCCUUGCCAAAUGAUUCGCAGUGUAGUGUUUGUAAUGGUACAAAGUUUGAAUUACGAAAAGAUAUAGAAAUGGGUCCUAACAUGCCUUCAUAUUAUUGCACAGAAUGUGGUACAGUGUACAACAAUUUUAGAUAG